GCUUCACCUUCAAUAUCAUCUUGCAUCUGACUAUAGGCGCGGCGCACCUGAGAUUACAGUCGCUCAGCUCUUCAAUUUCAAAUUUAUCGAAUUACAUCUCUGAAAGCGGCAAUCAAUUUCGACCAUCCAUUCACUGUUUCGAUUGGUGCUAAGCGUUCAAAGGUUCAGCUUUGGUACUAUGGACACAAUAUCCUAUACAGACCUCGAACAGGUAUCUACAACACAGUACGAGCUAGAUACUACUUCCUGGGAGCUCGACUUCGGCGAUCUUCUCACAACUGAGUGCCUCACCAUCUUCGAAGAUGCUCCCGCGCAGACUGCUGUGGCACAAACAGCAGACAGUGAUGUGUUGAUGCAAGGUGGGACUGACUGGGCUCCCUUGUCUGUCGAUGUCAGUGCCCAACAGAGUAAGAAUACUCCUGCCUUGCUCACAGUAUGUAUAUAGCCACGGAGUUCGAGCUUUUCCAUGGGCCGUGACAAACAGAUCGACGCGCUCGUACAACUGGGGAAUUUGCAGUACGGCUCUUCUUUCGAAAGCGACGUAAUGUGCGAUAUAGAAAGUGGACCAUGCUCCGCGACUAUAUUUCCAUUGCACGGCUUCAGCACAUCGAAUGUCUACCCAAAGAGUCUACCACAGAGCAGCACAUACACAACUAUGCCAAGCACCUCGGCGUAUCAGAAGCCGUCCAGAUCAAUCGCGUCAAUGAUCAACCGCAAGCAAAAGCGACCUAGAGCAAAUUUCUCACUUAAAUCUGUUGGAGUGCUCCAGAGCUGGCUUGAUACACAUCAUGAUGCUCCAUAUCCUACGGCUGAUGAAAAAUUGGAGCUUUCGGCGCAAUCAGGUCUCUCGAUAAAACAGAUACAGACAUGGUUUACUAACGCCCGACGAAGAAAGCUUAGUACAAUGGAGCGAUGGCUUUCAUCUUCUGAAGAAGGAGCUUCGGAGGAUGAUAUUCAGCAUGCUGCCCAACACUCGCACAACCCCGGGUCUUACAGUAGAUGCGAGGGCGUAGACAGCCAUGAAAUCAUAGAUAUGACUGGAACUAUAUGGGAUACAUCGAUCAUAAAGCUUCCAGAACAUCAUGAUGAACUUGGGGAGCUUGCAGAUCUUGGCCAUAUGUGCUCGGAAUUCUGGCCGUGUUCGCGCCGUUUCGACACGCAGGCUGAUCUCGAAGUGCACGUAAAGGAGCACCUCCAAGAUAGGAAUAUCGCUGCUAAACCUAUGGAAGGCAUACACGCGCCGACGACUCCGGAUCCAACGUUUUCUCUCAACCCGGUAGGGCUGCAUCAGGUUGAUGUUGUCACGCAUUCAGACUCCGAGACGACCUCACAAUAUUCGACGUGUUUCAACAGGUUACAUGAAUUCGAUAAGCUUAGCCCGACCGUCUUUGGCUCAUUUCGAUCUGCGCACUCUUACUCCAGUAAAGGCUCGGCUUUCUCCCAAGGGGGCGAUACUCUCUUUCUAGAGCGCCCGAAACGGGGAAGAAGACGAAAGUAUGCCCAGUCUAGCUCGAUAUCCAUGAUACGUCAGCACCCUCUCGCCCCUAUGAAGACAAACGAAGCUGUGUUUUAUUGCACCUUCUGUGGUAAAGUACUCAAUGCCAAGACAUGGAAAAGACAUGAGGAGACAAAUCAUCUGCCAAUGCGUCAAUACACAUGCAUGGCCCAUGGCUUUCGAGUAUUGUGCAAGACUGGCUAUGGCCAUCAGUGCGUAUUCUGUGGUUUGAAAGAUCCAGAUGAUUCUCAUGCGGAGAACUGUCACCGUAUAUCCGAGUGCCUUGAUCCCAAGAGUGGAGACAGGACCUUUCUUAGAAAAGACCAUCUCGCUCAGCAUCUCAAGAGCUUCCAUAUGGUCACCAUGACAGAUGACCUGGCGUGUCAAUGGCAGAGCCAGGUAGACUACUCCAGACACCGUUGGCGCUGCGGGUUCUGUUCCGAGACUCUCGAUACUUGGAAGGCACGAGCAAGGCAUUUGUCAAAGCAUUUCCGAGCAGGCCUUACCAUGGAUGAUUGGGACCCGCAAUGCGAGCCUGGCCCUGAGCUCACAGAGAAUCGUGACCUCAGCAUACAAACCAAUUCAGUGUCCACAAAGAAACAACACCAUGAAGAUCUAAUGACGAGCGGUAGCCUUAUUGCUACGCUUCAUAACACGAACUUAGAUGCACCUAUCGCUCUUCGAAGCGUGCCUGUCGAGCACUUUACUUGCAAGUCCGUGAGGAUCGGCUCAUGGUCUCGACGAGGGCGUAGGUCGACAGACUUGAUUGUUUUCUACUCUUCAGAAGACGCGGGUCUAUACUAUUACAUGAUGGAGCAGGCAGUAGGAUAUAGGAUCGAAGUCCCCUUCAGUACAAUCGAGACCAUCGACCUCCACAUGGCGUCGCCAGACUGUGGCUCUCAAUUUGAAGGGCUGGUCAUCUCAUUGAAAGAGCCACCAAGAUUCUCCAUUGCGCAUCCUGAGGUUGGGCAAUUUGUCCCAUCCAAGGACUUUACAGGCUUACAGCAAGCUUCGACUUCAUUGAAACAUUUUCUUUCAGGCAAUCAUCGUGUUCUAGUCUCGCAGCUGGCGAAGCUAAUGUCACUCAAGGCGUUCCGAUGCAGGUCGAGUUGCUAAGGGAAAUGGGAGGUCAGCAGUACAACUUUGAUCAAUGAAUGCGACGAUGAUGAAUAGAAGCAUCGACAUGUUUACUGCAGUGCAGAUCUUCCACCUGGCAUGGAUCCUCG